AACAUUUUAAUGAAAUCUACUUGUCGGAAAAAAAAAAAAAAAAAAAAAAAAGGGUAAACAAAGAAAGCAGCUCUUCUAGCUAGGAACCCAAAAAAAACUAUGGCGGCUCCUCAACUAACAUGUGUUUUACUUGUGGAAACUGAAUUCAAAGGUUGGCAAAAGACAUUACAUAAAAUAUUUGUGGGCAUUGAAGGUUUAGCGUUCUCCAUUGAUGCACCUGACUGGUGGCCACAUGGCGAAGGAGCUAAUCCUAUGAUGUUCACUAAGAAGUUGCUGUUUUUACGUGGCCAAGUUGAUCCUGUUGUCUUCAUUAAAAAGUUGUUUAAAGCCAAAAUUUACGCUAUGCUCUACAGGAUUGAUUAUGGACUUGAAGAGAAUCCACUAGGCAUCCGGAAACCUAAUAAUCAUUUUCUGAGAUUUAGAUUCGAGAUAGACAUGUUAGAAGGAAGUUGGUACAAGAAAAUCAUAGGAGCUUUAAAGACCAUCCAAGGUGUAUCAUUUACCAUAGAUGCACCAAGUCAGAUGGUGUAUAUGUGUGGCAACAUUGAAGAAGGUUUGCUCUUGAAGAUGUUAACGAAGACGGGCAUUCAAAUUUUGGGAAUGGACUAUGGUAAUUUGAAGCCACCUCCCAAGAAAGUUGAGGCUCAAAUAUCAGAUGGAACCGAGACACAACCCAAGAAAGACACAGAGCCUCCUCCUCCUCCUCCUGAGAUUGUUGUUACGAAACACCAAGCCAAAAACAAGAAACCUCGUGGUUUUAGAAGUUUUUGUUGUUCAUGAAUCAUGUCAGUCAUUAGAACAUAGCGUCCUUGUUUUGGAGAACCAAGGAAACAAAAACACUUACUUUUAUCCCAAAGUUAAAAAAAAAAUUCACUUG